AUGGAUGGGGUGUCUUCCGAGACUAAUGAAGAAAAUGACAAUAUAGAGAGACCUGUUAGAAGACGACAUUCCUCAAUUUUGAAACCUCCAAGGAGUCCUCUCCAGGACCUGAGAGGUGGGAAUGAAACAGUUCAGGAAUCCAAUGCUUUGAGGAAUAAGAAAAACUCUCGUCGAGUCAGCUUUGCAGAUACUAUAAAGUAAGUUGAAAGGAGAAAUAAUGAAAAUGUUACAGGGAAUGCUUUUUUGUGUCAAACCAAAUAUGUUGGUAACUUGGAUAGUCUAUUAUAAAACUACUUUUUAAUUUUUAGGAAUAAGAAUUUAGAAGAUAAUUACUGUGAGAUUACUGGGAUGAACACAUUGCUUUGUGCUCCCAUUCAGACUCAGAUGCCACAGAAAGAGUUUUCAAUUAUAGAACAUAACCAUGAAAGGAUACACAGAAAUGACCAGACAGUCAUCUUUUCUGAUGAAAACCAGAUGGACCUGACAGCAAGUCAUACUGUGAUGAUUACCAAAGGCCUUUUAGACAGUACCAAAAGUGAAAAGUCCACCAAAAUAGAUACUACAUCAUUUCUAGCUAAUUUAAAGCUCCAUACUGAGGAUUCAAGAAUGAAAAAAGAAUUAAAUUUUUCUACAGAUCAAAACACUUCUUCAGAGAAAAAAAUAAAUUUCAAUGACUUCAUAAAAAAAUUGAAAGCAAGAAAAUAUAAUGCUUCUCCUUCUACAGGGCCUGAUAAAGAAAAUUGUGAGAUACCUAUUUAUUCCAAAGAAUCCAAUAGUGCCUCUUCAACACAUCAAGUGCAUGCAACUCUUACUGUAGAUGAGAACAACAGUAAUGUAACUAGAAUUUUUAGAGAACAAGAUGAUGGGAUGAAUUUCACCCAGUGUCAUACAGCCAAUAUUCAGACUUUGGUUCCCACAUCCAGUGAGGCCAACUUACACGAAUUUAAAGGCAAUGAUAUUACAAUUUAUGGUAAUGACUUUAUGGACUUGACAGUUAACCACACUAUACAGAUUUUGCCCUCAGCAGAUAAUUUAUCUGAAAUAGAAAGUCAAACUCAGAAUGUCAUGAUGGAUGUCACAACAGGUGACAGAACUCAAGCUCUAGGAGAGAAAACCGCCUUUAAGAAUAAACCGAAUACUGCUUGUCAAGACCCUUCCUUAAACCCUGAAGACAAAAUGCAUAGUACCAGAAGUCAUAUUAUGGGGGCGGAAACUCACAUGGUCACACAGACUUCUAAUCAAGAUGCCGGAAUAUUAGCCAUGACCCCAGAAUCUAAAUGUUCUAGUCCAGCUACUCAAGGUUAUAAGACAGUUUUCUAUUCUAGUUGUAAUGAUGCCAUGGAACUAACCAAGUGUCUCUCAAGUAUGAGAGAGGAGAAGAAUUUGCUAAAGCAUGACAGUAAUUCUAAAAUGUAUCCCAAUCCUAAUGCCACCUCUCUUCUCACAGAGAAAACUAUUUAUUCGGGAGAGGAUAACAUGGAUAUUACUAAGAGUCACACUGUUGCAAUAGAUAAUCAUAUUUUUAAACAAGAUCAGACAAAUGUACAGAUGGCAGCUUCACCAAUAUCCGAAAAAGAAAUGAUACUCCAAAAUCACAUAACCAUGUCAGAAGAUGGGAAAAUGAAUGUAAAUUGUCACUCAGUUUGUCAUAUAUCUAAGGAAAGAUUACAGCAGAGCCUGCAAAAUCCUUUAUCUAUUUCAUUGACUAACAAAAAGACUGAACUCUUAGCAGGUGAAGAUAUGGAUUUGACUGAAAGUCAUACAAGUAACUUAGGACAUCAAGUUGUUUUUGCAUCUUAUAAUUUAGCACCCAAGAAUACCAGUAAAUCUCAUCCUCAAAGCAAAAGCCCUUCAGAUGAAGGGGAAAAAAUGACCAAAGUGCAUAUUGAACCAUCCCAACAACCAGAUAUGAUAUCUAAAAACAUCCUAACUGACACCUGGAGCAAAGAAAAAGAUCAGGUUUUGAAGAUUUCACCCUAUCUUGGUAAAGAUUCUCCUCAGUCAGCUGACUGUAAUCAGGACAUAGGAACAAACCGUAAUAUAGUCUACUGUGGUGAAGGUCUUGAUAAACAAGUAGCACUGGGAAAUAACAGAAAUAUACCUUCAUGUGAGCAAUCUUUGCUUUCUACCACAAAACUAUUAUUUUCGUCAGAAGGACAAUCUGCCAUGAAAAAUCAUAAUACUGCUGUUAACAGUCAUACAGUGAAAUCUGUACUAGGCCAGAGUUCUAAACUGCCUGAGCCACUGGGGAAAAAUUUACUUGAUCCCACCCCUGAUUGUUUUCAUGACCAGAUUAUUUGUUCAGAGGAGGAGCAAAAUAUGGAUUUAACCAAGAGCCACACAGUUGUCAUUGGAUUUGGUCCUUCUGAAGAACAAGAACUUGGUAAAACUAGUUUAGAACACACUACCCGGCAGCUAACAACAGUCAACAGACAGAUAGCUGUAAAUGUUGAAAAAUGUGAUAAAAGUCCUAUAGAAAAAACUGGAGUAUCUAUAUCUAAUACUCUUAUGAAUGUGUCAGAGGAUGAAAGUGUACAGAAACCUGGAUUUCUGAAGAAAAAGCAAAAUGUCAAAAUUUGUGGAAGGAAAAGUGUUGGUAGACUAAAAAUUGAUGAGACUAUUGUAUUUUCAGAGGGUGAUAAGAAUGAUAUGGAUAUCACCAAGAGUUACACAGUGGAAAUAAACCAUAGACCUUUAUUAGAGAAAUAUGAUUCCCAUUUGGUGCCUUUGGCAGGAACUUCUAAAACUGUUUUAUAUACAUGUGGGCAGGAUGACAUGGAGAUCACUAGAAGUCACACAACUGCCUUAGAAUGUAAAACUGUCUCACCAGAUGAAAUAAUUACUAGGCCUAUGGACAAAACUGUAAUGUUUGUAAAUAAUCACGAUGAACUGGAAAUGACAAAAUCCCACACUGUUUUCAUUGACUACCAAGCAAAAGAGAGAACUGUGCUUCUAGACAGAGCUAAUUUUGAACUAUCCCAUAGGAAAAGCCUAGGAAAACCAAAAGUGAUAUCUACUCCUACUGAGGAGAAUGUUUUCUUUCCAGAAAAUGAUGACAGUGACCAUCCAUCAUCAAAAGACAGCCAUUUGACAUAUCUGGAGGAAUUCUCUAAUACUGGUCCCAUAGAGAAAGCUGUAGCAUUUAUAGCUGAUGACAUCGAAGUGCCUAAAUCAGCCACUUGGAAAAAUUUCAAAGAUGUAGCAAAACCUGAAUGUCUGAAUGAACCUCUAUCAGGCAAAAGUCAGAGAAGAAAAAGCCUUAGGCUCAAAAAUGACAAGACCAUUGCAUUUUCAGGGAAUGACAAAAAUGAUAUAGAUAUUACCCAGAGUUGUAUGGUGGAAAUAAAUAACAAAAGUGCCAUGGAAGAGAGAGAGGACUUACAUUUGCUGCCUGUGGCAGGAACUUCUAAAACUGUUUUGUAUUCAUGUGGGCAGGAUGACAUGGAGAUCACUAGAAGUCACACAACUGCCUUAGAAUGUAAAACUGUCUCACCAGAUGAAAUUACCAGGCCUAUGGACAGAACUGUAAUGUUUGUAAAUAAUCACAAUGAUUUGGAAGUCACCAAGUCCCAUACUGUUUUCAUUGAUUGUCAAGCCGCAGAAAAAAUACUUCAAGGGUACCCUAAAUUUGGAACAGCAAAAGGAAAAAACUUAGGUGUUCCUUUUCCUAUGGAUGCGAGCUGUGUUCACGAAAACGCUAAAAAACAAACACUGGCUGUAGAAAACAAAAUUAUUCUUCACGCUGACCAAAAGCAUCAUAUGAUGCCCUUUGUUUCUACUAAUAAGUUGUGUGGGGAUCAAGGUGAAAUAGAAAUCAUCAAAUCCCAUAAUGCUGCUGUGGAUGAAGAGGUCAUAGGGAAAAUUGUAGACCAGGCCCAUAUAUUGGAAAAAUCCAAAAUUGAAAGCUGUCACUUCAAUAGUACAGAUAGAAGGAAUGUGGAAUUUACAAGCAGUCAUACAACUGCUCUUUGGGGAUCCUGUGAUAAUUGUUCCCAUUUACCAAAUGUUAUUCCCUGUACUGAUAAUUUAGAGAGUAGUAUCAUGUCCUUAUGUGAUAAAAAUAAGGAGAAAGCCAAUAAUUGUCCAGUACAAAAUGAUCUUGCUUAUGCAAACAAUUUAGCCAGUGAAUAUUACUUGAAAUCUAAGAGACUGCCUCUCUCUGCUCCCUGUUCUUCGUUAGAGAAGGAAGAAGUUAUCCAGACCAAAACCAAAAGACAGUUAGAUGGUGUCAUAACACUACUCAAAGAUCAAGAUCUAAUUAAGGAGCCCCCAAAUCUAUUAGCUAAUCAAACUUUAGUAUAUAGUCAAGAUCUGGAGGAGAUGACUAAACUUAAUUCAAAACAAAUAUCUUUUAAGCUUCCAAAAGAUCAAAUGGAAGCUUUUGUUGAUGAUGAUUGUGUUACUUCUCAGCUUCCUCCCCCAACCCAGCAACCUCCAUUGCCUCAAAAAGAACAGAGUAGUGUCAAUAAAGAUGAAAUAAUACUGUCUAAAGCUGGAAAUAAGAGUUUAAAUAUAGGAAAUUCCUCUGCACCCACACAAGAAAACAAGUCCAAAAUGCUCAAUAAUGAGAAGCAGUUUGCUACAGCCUGUAAAAAGGAACUGAAGGAAAAUAUACAAACACCUAAAUGUAAUACAGUUAUAGAUUUCCACAGUAACUCAGACUUGACUAAGCAAAUCAUUCCAACCCAUGCCAAUGCUGGAGAAGCAUCAGAUCUUGUGAUUGCAUCUAAUGUUCCAUGUUUUAGUAGUUUCAACCCAAAUCUGAAUUAUUUGAAUGGAAAAACUGAAGAGUUUUUAGAUUUUCAAACUGAUCAUAUAGCACCUCCUCCAGAACAAUUACUUGAAUUAGGAAAUAAGGCACACAAUGAUAUGAGUACAGUGCAAGCUACGGAAAUACAUAAUGUUAACAUGGUCUCCAGCAAUGCUAAAGAUAAUAGAGACGAAGAAAAUAAAAAGUCUCAUAAUGGAGCUGAAACCACCUCUGUACCAUUAAAGGCAGUUGUUAAAGAUAAAAUGAGGAGAUGUUCUUUGGGAAUCUUUUUGCCCAGAUUGCCAAAUAAGAGAAAUUGUAGUGUCACUGGUAUUGAUGACCUGGAGCAGAUUUCAGCAGACACAACUGGCUUAAAUCAGUUAGAAACUCAGCCAGUUUCUAGCAAGGAUUCAAGCAUUGAAUGUGUUGCAGCUAAACUGAACUUAAGUCCAUCUCAAUAUAUAAAUGAGGAAAAUCUUCCUAUGUAUCCUGAUGAGAUUAAUUCCUCAGACUCAAUUAGCAUAGAAACGGAGGAAAAGGCUUUGAUUAAGACAUACCAAAAAGAGAUUUCACCAUCUGAAAAUAAAAUGGAAGAAACAUUUAAUAGCCAAAAAAGAACCUGGGUACAAGAAGAAGAAGAUGAUAUUCAGAAUGAGAAAAAAAUCAGAAAAAAUGAGAUUAAGCUUAGAGAGACUGCACAAGAUCAGGAGAUUUUUGAUCACCAUACUGAAGGGGAUAUAGAUAAAAAUGCUAACAGCGUAUUGAUAAAAAGCCCGAGCAGGACCCCAUCUAGUUGCAGCAGCUCUCUGGAUUCGAUCAAGGCUGAUGGGACCUCUCUGGACUUCAGCACAUACCGCAAUAGUCAAAUGGAAUCACAGUUUCUCACAGACACUACUUGUGAAGAGAGUUUGAGGGAGAAACUCAAAGAUGGGCGAAUAACAAUAAGGGAGUUCUUUAUACUUCUUCAGGUCCACAUCUUGAUACAGAAACCCCGACAGAGCAAUCUCCCAGCCAAUUUUGCUAUAAACACACCGCCUACUCCAGAAGACCUGAUGUUAAGUCAAUACAUUUAUCGACCGAAGAUACAGAUUUAUAGAGAAGAUUGUGAAACUCGUUGCCAAAAGAUAGAAGAAUUAAAGCUUUCUGCAUUGAACCAAGAUAAACUAUUGAUUGAUAUAAAUAGGAACCUGUGGGAAAAAAUGAGACACUGCUCUGAUGAAGAGCUGAAGGCCUUUGGAAUUUACCUUAACAAAAUAAAAUCACGUUUUACCAAGAUGACUAAAGUCUUCACUCACCAAGGAAAAGUGGCUCUGUAUGGCAAGCUGGCACAAUCAGCUCAGAAUGAAAAGGAGAAACUUAAGAUAAGGAUAGAUGAGAUGGACAACAUACUUAAGAAGAUCAAUAGCUGUCUCACUGAGGUGGAAAUAGAAGCUAAGAAUUUGGAGAAUGAAGAGAAAGACAAUCCUAUGGAAGAAGGGGAUUCUGAAAUAAAAGCUGCAGAGAAAGAAUUAGAACAGCUGAAAACUGAAGAAGAGGAGCUUCAAAGAAAUCUCUUAGAACUGGAGGUACAAAAAGAGCAGACACUUGCUCAAAUAGACUUUCUGCAAAAACAAACAAAGAGAACUGAAGAGCUACUGGAUCAGAUGAGCCUGUCUGAGUGGGAUGUCAUUGAGUGGAGUGAUAACCAGGCUGUAUUCACCUUUGUUUAUGACACAAUAGAACUCACCAUCACCUUUGGAGAAUCAGUAGUUGGUUUCUGUUUCCUGGCAAAGCCCGACAGGAAGAUUGUGGACAUGAAUUUUCAAUCUCUGUUGGAUGAGGAUAAAGCUCCUCCUUCCUCCCUUUUAGUUCAUAAGCUUAUUUUCCAGUACAUUGAAGAACAAGAAUCUUGGAAGGAGAAAUGUACAACACAGCAUGAGAUACCCAAGAUGCUUCAAGAACUCUCACUGGCAGUGAACCAUUGCAGACUCCUUGGAGAGGAGAUUGAGUUUUUAAAGAGAUGGGGACCAAAUUAUAACCUGAUGAACAUAAAUGUGGAUAAUACUGAAUUGAGGCUUUUAUUCUGUAGCUCUGCAGCAUUUGCAAAGUUUGAAAUAACUUUGUCUCUCUCAGCCCAUUAUCCAUCUGUACCAUUGCCUUUCACCAUUCAAAAUCACCUUGGGAACAUUGGCCAAGACGAAAUUGCUACCAUUCUAUCUAAAGUGCCACGGGAGGACAACUACCUGAAGAAUGUAGUCAAGCAAAUUUACCAAGAUCUGCUUCACGACUGCCAUUUCUUCCACUAG